AUCUCGUGAAAUUCGCACGCGCCGUCCGGCAACACUGUCAGCCAUCCAUUUUAGCGUGGUUUGUCCUUUAUUCAAUUCCCUAAAAGUGAAAAAUAUUAUACUUUGCGGAAUAGUUUUGAACAAAGUGCCAACGAUAAGUUCACCGCGUUGAAAGUGACGCAACAUACGUGUGAAAGGUAUGCACGGAAGCCAGGUGUCGGAAAAAGGCAGAAAAAAAGCGUGUGCAUGCGUGUGAUUGUGCGAGUGUGUGUGCGCAAGUUGAAAAAAUGGAAAUGGCAAGAAAUGUCGGGUGAAAUCCGCGCAAAAUCGCCAAAUACAUUGUUUCAAAAAAGCGAACUUAGCCUUAUCAUUUUCAGUAACACGCUCGCUGAAACAGUUUGAGCUAAAUAUUAUUUUGUUGCUGCAACAGUGUGUGCGCGGCGCAUCUUUUUGUGGCGGCAGAAAAUCAGAACCAGAACUAGGUUGGCACAAUGUCGGAAUUCGAGGAUGGACAGCAGCCGCAACGCGGCUUGUCCUCGGAGAGCGGUGCGGGGCCGGCGGGGGAUCAGCAGCAUCCGUUGGCGCCCAUUAAGGAACUGCCCGACGAAGAGGAUGACUCCUCGGCGGGAGGCCGCAACAACAAUUCGAUCAUGGGCAAAAUGAAGAAGCGCGUGUCCAGCAUUCUACCCUCGUCGCUAAGCGGAUGGUUCUCUCCCUCUUCGAAGACGAGCGCAGAUCCAGUUUUCCUCACAAAUCAGCAGCCGAACGGCUGCACCGCCCAGAAACGGAAACGGGGUCGCUGCCGCAUCGAAUUGGCGGCCGACGGCGGCGCUGAGGACUCGCCAGCGGGCUUCGAUGUGGGCGACGCCAAGGGCCUGAACUACGAGGAAGUGGCUCUGGCGGACAACAUUGCCGAGCACGACCUGGCGGCGGAGGAUGAGCAAACCCGUCGCAGUGAGUACAGCGAAAGUGUCUUCCAGCUGCGCAAGCGACUGGACGCCAGAGGCGCCUACGAGAACGCCGAUGGGUCCGAGGAGGACGUCGACGACGAGGACGUGGAAGAGGAGGAGGAGGGCGACGAGGAGGACGAUGAGGACGAGCACGAGAACAUGCAGCAAAACUCAGCCAUGCAAGCGCACAAACGUCGUCGGGUGGAAAUGCUGGAGACCACCGUCACUUUGCCAAACAUGCGAAGACUUCCCCUAGGGUCCUCCACGCCAGCUGCCCCAGUCCCCGCCCUUGCCGCCACCGAAUCGCAGCUGCUGAAGUCGCGAAACAGCAGUCAGCAGCGCCAGCAGGCACCGCACCGGCGCACCCGCCUCAAUCAGUUCGGAAGCCAGCGGCAGCGGGAGCCCGCCUACAACUUCCUGAGCGCCAACGAGGAAGUACCGCACAGCAUCCGCCGCUCCCUGAACAUACCGUGCGGCACAAGCAGCGGCAGCGGCAGCUCGAGCCACAACAACAGCCUCUCCUCCUCCCUGUUCACGAAGAUCAAGGGCCGCCUGGCGCUGAAUCACCAGGGCAACUACGCCCCCACCGAGCGCAACUACGAGGAGGCUCUGCUGGGCAUAGGCAUGGGCGACUCGGAGGAUCAGUUGCUGGGGAUGAGCAAGUCCAACAAUAACAACACCAAUAACAUAAACAACAAUGUCAUCAAGGCCAACAGGCGUGUGGGCCACAUCGGGGACUCGCACUCCGAGAGCGAGCUGAACGAGUACGAGGAGAACUGCGACGGAGACGGCCUGCGCAGCAGCAACAGCAACUUGGAGUUCUACGGCAACCUGCAGAGCUCCAAGUCAAUAUUCAAUAGGCUGAACACAACCACUGGCAGCCAGCAGCCGGCCCGCCACAACUCCAGCUGGUCGCUGGUCUCUCUCAACCGGCGCCGACGCUUCAACGCCUCCAUCUACGGCAGCACCUCGGCCCUCAGCGACAGCCGGCUGUUGAGCCGCAGUGCCUCCGCCGCCGCCGCCUCGCCAACUGCCUCCUCGUCAAGCUCGCCCUUCUACCAGGGCCGCACCACCUUCGGCGGCAACUCGGCCAACAACCGGGGCUUCAGCCAAAACAAUCUGAGCUCCUCGGCCGCCUCCUCCACGCUGGCCAUCAACUCCGGCGGCAGCUCCCCGGCACAUGGCUCUUCGGGCGCCACUGGUCCCGGAGGCAUCGGCUACGGCAUGAAGCCAGUGGACAUGAAGCCAAGCAACAAUGACGGCAGCCAAUCAGCCGGAUUGACGGCAUCUGCUCCCUCGACCCACACUAACGCCAGUUCGCAGAGUGGCAGCAGACGGGGCUCCAACCUGUCGAGCACCACACAGCGCAUACUCAGCCUGCUGGACAGCUACUCCACGCCGCUGAUAGACGCAAAGCGCAUGGGCAGCACCCUCAGGGAGCACCAGAGCCGCCAGCGCCGGCAUCCAUACUCGAUGGGUGCAGCCGGCCACGACAGCUUCUCCGGCACUAGGCCCGCGGCAAAGAAUCCGGCUGCCGAGCUGGAGGAGAUGCGGUCGAACAAUCUGCUGGUGCCCACGAUGCAGCAGCUGCUCGAGCGGCGACGCCUCCACAGGGUGACACAGACCUCCAGGGAUCUGGUGAGGGCAGAACGGAACACCCACAUCAGCAGCAGUCAGACAAAAGUCCCACCGGUGGCCGCGGGAGACCAGGCGCACAGUCAGCACACCAACAAGAUGCGCUCAAAGCUCUCCCACCAGUCGCGCAAGCAGCCCACAGACGACUUGGAGGAGGCUCCCCGACCUCUGGACUUGCCACAGAUCAGUUUCCCGGCCAUGGCCAGCACCCCCAAGUUCGAUUUGCAGUUCAAGGUGUCCCCAGCACCGGCUCCGGCCCCGGUUACCGCACCAGCUCCUUCUUCUCAGGAUCCUAGCAAGAGUUCGGCCAAGCCACUGUCCAACUUCAGAGACUUCCUAGUCCAAGCCAAACCUGCUCCGCCAUCGAGUGUGACUGAAAACGGCAAUGCCUCAUCCAACGCGAAGCCCACCAUCAGGCGGCAGUUCAGCUUUCCCAGCCCCACGCCGCUGGAGGAGGAUCAGAACUCCGUGGUCCGCCGCAGGAACAAUGUCAUCAAACUGAACCGCAAUUUCCACUUCCCAGCACCGGCUGGCCUCUCCGAGCCGGAGCAGGAGGACUCGUCGGAGGACUCCUCGUCGUCGGCGUCUUCGGAGGAGGAGGACGAGGUGGAGGAGAGUGCCCCGGCCAAGGCACCAGCAGCGCCUGCUAUCAAUGGAUUCGGCGAGCAGUUCAAGAAGUCCGCCUCCGAGUGGGAGUGCGAUCUCUGCAUGGUGCGGAACAAGUCUGAGGCCUCCAAGUGCGUGGCCUGCGAGUCGCCGAAGCCAGGCGCGAAGCCUGCGGCUGCCACAAUGCUGGCCGCGCCUUAUCCUGCAAUCGUUCCCAUCGCCAGCGGCUUUGGGGAGCGCUUCAAGAAGUCGGCUAGUGCCUGGGAGUGCGACGCCUGCAUGCUCUCCAACAAGCAGGAGGCCACCAAGUGCGUCGCCUGCGAAACGCCGCGAAAAACAGCCCGGCCUCCGCCGGCAAACCCAAACCCUCUGGUUCCGCUGUCUGGCUCCGGUUUCGGAGCCACCUUCAAGCCCAAGGCCAACACGUGGGAGUGCCAGACGUGCCUGGUGACGAACCAGUCCAGUGCGACGGAGUGCGUCGCCUGCCAGGCACCCAACCGGAAUGUCAACAACAGCCCCAAGAGCACCAGUAGCGAGGGCGCCGUCUCCAACUCGAGCUCCAACUCUAGCUCUAAUUCGUCAUCGUCGUCGUCAUCGGUUUCCUCCUCGACGCCGUCGGCCAUUAGCAUCAGCAGUGGCUCGAGCAACGGGGGCCCGACCUUGAAGUUCGGAGCAGCGGAGGCACCCAAGGCCGACGCAGGGUUCCAGCAGCUGGUGGCCAAGCAGAAGGCCCAGAACUGGGACUGCGACACGUGCAUGGCGCAGAACGACAUCUCUCGCGCGAAGUGCAUCUGCUGCGAGCAGGCACGACCCGGCUCCGCGACGUCGGCUGCUGCCAGCUCCUCGGCAUCGGCCGGGAGCAGCGCUGUGCCCAAGUUCAGCUUUGGCUUCGCCGCCGUCAAGGAAGUGCCCCAGUCGAAGCCCGCCGUUCUGCUGGCUCCAGCCGCAGCUGCUGCCCCUGCCCAGUUCAGCUUCGGGUUUGGCCAGAGCACUGCCGCGAAGGAUGUGGCCGAUGGCAAGAAGCUACAGGAACCAGCAGCGCCGGCCUUCUCGUUCGGCAUCGGCAAGGUGGAGCAGCCAAAGGCGGUCACCUUCAAGAUAGACAGCAAAGAGGCCCCUGCGCCUGCUACGGCACCUUUGGCAGCAGAGCCCAAUAAGGUCUCAGUUCCUGCUCCCGUGGCAGCAGCGGAUCCAUCUCCAGUUAGCCAGUUUGUAUUCAGAGCACCGACCACUUCAAAUGUCACCAGCACAGCCACGAGCAGCGCCGUCACCGCGACUCCGGCCCUGUUCAGCUUUGGAGCUCCGGCCGCCUCCUCCUCGGUUGUGUCCAGCUCCACCGGCACCACCGCUGCUCCCCCGGCCAAGCCGAGCUUCAGCUUCGGAUCGGGCGCCAUCUCGAGCGCCGCGAGCAGCACAACCAGCAGCACCACCAAGCCGGCGCUGAGCUUCGGAGGCUUCUCGAGUGCCGCCACAUCUGCCGCAACCUCAACCACGACUACCUUCAGUGCUAACCCGGCGCCAGUAGCCACGUCUGGGCCAAAGCCGGCGUCCACCUUCAGCGGCUUCGGAAGCGGAGCUCUAGCGGCGAAGCCAGCGACCGCCCCGGGCACCUUCUUCUUUGGCCAGGGUGCGGCGGCUCCCGCUGCUCCGGCCGCCUCGGUCCCGGCAGCAGUCACCACUAGCACCAGCAUCGGCCAGAUCUUUGGCAUUUCGGUGACCACCUCAACCAGCAGCGUAUCCAGCAGCGUCGUCAGCACCUCCAGCUCCCUCACCACCUCGAGUCCGAUGCUCUUCAACUUCGGGGGCGAGAAGAAGCCGGAGGCCCAACCGACCACCACCUCCAAGCCGUUCGUCUUCGGGUCCGGCACCACCACGACCUCGGUGGCGUCCACCUUCGCCAGCUGGCCCAGCAACGGAGCCACCACCAGCACGAACAGCAUUGCAGCCCCCAGCAGCGCCGUCUCCACGACGGCCACCUUCGGCAGCUCCAUGUUCGGGGCCCCGGCCACCAGCAGCUCGCCGUUCGGAUCGACGACCACCACGGCAGCCGCCACUCCGGCCGCUUCGUUCAGCCUGGGCGGCAACGGAUCGAUCCAUCCGGUGUUCGGGAACGUCGGCAACUCGCUGGCGAACCCGGGGGCUACUGCCACGCCCGCUGUCGCCGCGCCCGCCUCGGCCGCGUCGGCCCCGAUGGGCAACAUCUUUGGCAGCGCCAGCGCCACGCCCAUAGCGGCGGCGGCGCCGGUCUUCGGCAGCGGAGUGACCAGCAGCGGCUUCGGAGCGGCCGCCUCAGCAACCACAGGCACCUCAGCGCCGUCUGGCGCAAAGCUUGCAUUUAACUUCGGUGGAUCAGCGGCCCCCCCCAUUUUUAACAUUAAACGCAAAGUAGGAGCGACAAGGCCGCUAUUCAUGAACGCCGUCUGCCAGAGCGUGCAAGCCGAGAGGAGGGUGUUGGUCGCACAGAGCGGAGCCCCCUUCAACUUCGGAGUCAGCAGCGACGCACCGCCGAAGCCGACGUUCAACUUCACGGGAUCGGUGACGGCCUCCACCCCGCAGGCGAGCGCCUUCAACUUCUCGGCGAGCUCGGCGGCCUCCAACAUGGGCGGCGGCGACCAGGCCCCGCGGCGUGUCUUCCACUUUGGUGCUCCGCAGGCGGCGCCGCAGACAGGUCCGUUGGCGACUGGCGGCAAUGCAGCUGGAGGAUUGGGAGCACCGGCUGCAGGAAUGGGAGGAUUGGCCCAUGCCGCCUCCAGCGCCACCCCCUCCGUGGGCGGCGGAGCGGGCAUGUUUAACUUUGCCGGCGCAGUGCCGCAGAUGCAGAUGCAGUCGACGCCGAAUGCCAACGCACCGUUCCAAUUUAGCGCCGGUGCCACAGCGCCUGCCGCCAAUAUCUUUGCCUUCAAUCCGCCAGCAGCCGGGAAGCCUGCUCAGAACUCGCAGUCGCGUCGCAAGAUCCACACGACGAUGCGCCGGAACACGCCCCGGUAGAAAUGGCAUCGCAAUCGGCCGCCGAGAUAGCAACUGCGCCUGCAUGUGCUCCGGCAGCCGUUGGACCAGGAGAGGGGUCGGGAUCGGUAGCGGAAACGGAAACGGAAACUGAAACGGAAGCGGGAGUAAACCAAGUAGGAGUUACGGAAGGGCGGGAACCUAAACGGACGGAGGAAGUGAAAGCCAGGACUAUGGUUCAGAGACUUAGUGACCGGCUCAGUGAACGGAAGCAACAGCUUCAACUGGAGUUGCAGCAGCUGGUCCACCGUCGUCAGCAACUCGGCAACCUGGCCAAGUAUCGUUUUGUGAGAGCGGCGGCCGGUGGAUCGGAAGCGAAGGAGGCAAGGGACAAGGAGGCGGAAGCAUCGAGAGAGACGACAACUACUCCAGCGACGGAACCAGCAAACACAAUCCUUACCAGGCGAGCGGCGGCCCACACCAAGAACCUCAACAGUUUGACCGCACGCUCCAAACAAAACCUGAUGCUGAGCCGCUACAAGCUGGUGCGGCGCUCCAAGAGGAUCGAAAGCAAGCCGAACGCCGACCCCUAACCGAAACACCACAGCAGAACCGAGACUAGACACCGGAUAUGAAGACUUUAGCCGAAACCCUUCUGCCACCGAAUUCGUCAACCACAAACACUAGAGAGGAGGACACAAAGGAGGUGUGCCUGCCGGCGCACCCACACCGGAGAUAUCAUCGGGCCAAACGCAGCCCAGGAAGAGUGGAGAAGUGGAGCAGAGGGAGGAGGAAGUGUGAGCAAGGAUGUGGAGAAGCAGAAAGGACUAGGAGAUACAUAGCUAUACUUCGCGGUCCUGUUCUUCGAAGUCUUCACUUUAAUUCGAUAAGUUAUGCUUAAAAGAAAACUGUUGUUUUUGAACACGACUCGUGCGAGUGGCCCUCGCGGCUCGAGCCCUCUCCAGGUCGUGUCUAUAUUUAAUACGAAUAUAAUUUUUUUUAUUAA